UCGUCCAUCACUAAACCAGUUCGAGUUUCCAAUUUGACAGCCAAAUUUUGUUAAUUUCAUCUGGAAAAGCAGAAAAACUGGGAAUAAUAACAAAAAUGUCACAGCGCUAAGGUUUAAACUAGCACCUGUCUGCCCACAAGGGGAAGCAAGCUUCGGAUAGCGCAGAAAAGUUUUCAACAGCCUGCGGAGCUAGUGAAUCAUUGGCAGAUAAAGACAUUGUACUGGCAGAGCAGAGCCCGUUGGAAAAUCAGCAAUCAUAGCAGGUCCAUCGGUUACCCCUAGUCCACUUCAGUUGCAGGUGGAGGUAACUCCAACGCCCCGAGAUACACGCGCCCUUUCCGAAGUGGUGGCCCACAUAAAUAGAAUGGGCAACGACGACCAUCGAAGGCGAAAGACACCCUGCGGAUUUUGCAUGGCGGUCUUCAAGUGGAUUCCGGUGCUGUUUAUCACCGCUGUGAUAGCCUGGUCUUACUACGCCUAUGUAGUGGAGCUGUGCAUCCGAAACUCGCAGAAUAGCAUUGGCAUGAUCUUCAUGCUGUUGUUUUACCACCUUUUCCUUACGCUGUUCAUGUGGUCUUACUGGCGCACCAUAAUGACCUCCGUGGGCCGAAUACCGGAUCAGUGGCGGAUACCAGACGAGGAAGUGACGCGACUAUUCCGAGCCGACAGCCCAGAAACUCAAAAGCGCAUACUGAAUAACUUUGCGCGCGAUUUACCAGUCACUAAUCGCACAAUGAACGGCUCGGUGAGGUUCUGUGAAAAGUGCAAAAUAAUCAAGCCGGACCGGGCGCACCACUGCAGCGUGUGUAGUUGUUGUGUGCUGAAGAUGGACCACCACUGCCCCUGGGUAAACAAUUGCGUGAACUUCUACAACUACAAGUACUUCGUACUGUUCCUAGGCUACGCGCUCGUCUACUGCCUGUAUGUGGCUUUUACCUCACUGCACGACUUUGUAGAGUUCUGGAAGGUAGGUGCCUACGAUAAUAAUGGUUACUCGGCACAGGGACAACUUAAUGCCACUGGAAUGGGACGUUUCCACAUCUUGUUCCUUUUCUUCAUUGCCAUAAUGUUUGCAAUUAGUUUGGUGAGUUUGUUUGGAUACCACAUAUACCUGGUGCUGGUGAAUCGCACGACAUUGGAGUCAUUUAGGGCGCCCAUCUUUCGUGUUGGCGGCCCUGAUAAGAAUGGUUAUAAUUUGGGUCGCUAUGCCAAUUUCUGCGAAGUAUUCGGCGACGAUUGGCAGUACUGGUUCCUGCCCGUCUUUUCCAGCCGCGGUGGUGGCUACAGCUAUAAGACAUCCAGUGACCAGAGUCGAGUGACCACCACCUCGCCCGUCCAACGGUACGAUGCCAUGGGGGAUACGCCCACCAGCAGGUUAGAUGGCAAUCCAACAGAUAAGUUAAUUGGCGCUAGUCCCCUCGACACCACUAACCAUCAUCACAACCAAUCGCCUCAUCAAGUAAGAAGCACCAGCGACCAGCCAACGCAACAGUUGCAGGUGGUGCAGCCACCAUCUCCAUACCGGGACGAGCUGGACGAACGUCAGGAGCACCUGGCAAACGGCCAGUCAUUAAGCCCCAGCACAGCAGCAGUCAAGUCUAGUCAACUGGCGGAGGGAGGAGCUAAUGGGGCAGCCGUAUAUAUCGACAUAAUCGGUGAUCAUCCGUUAGCAGGCGCUAAUCCAGUCAAGGAUUCAACAAGCCCACCGAACGGCGAUCUGCCAGUUUGAUUUUUUCCCGUUUACCAUGUUUCCGUAGAAUGUUUUAUGUAUUUGUACUGUAAAGCCGAGUAAACUGCCACAUUUGUCAGCGUUGCAGUUUGUGUAAGCCAAUAAGUUACCUCUAUGCAAUUCAUCAACUGUUUAGUAAUGGCUAUUUAAAUGUUUAAAUGGCUGGGACCACUAUAUAAAUCGUCGGAUAUUUAUAUACUAUAUCAUUACAUAGCUACAUUCGACUAAGUUAACAUUAAGAAAUAUCUAAUUGGUUCAAUACUAGCAUUUAUCGCUGUUCUAAUCACACGAAUUUUAUAAUGGAAAUUAGAAACAUCGAAUAUGGAUAAUCCUGGUAGUUAAGACGGUUGUCCCGUUCGGAGAUGUGUACCUUGCUAACACAUUCGUGGAACCAAUAAUCCUUGUAGAUAUCAACCAAUCUUCAAGACUUAAACUUAAUGAUAAGCAAUGAGAUUUCAGUACACACUAUUAUCACACACAAAAUUCAGGCAUUUCUCUAUGCGUUUAAUUUAUGUAGUUAGUUAGUUACUGUUUGCAAGUUGAUUUUUAUACUUUUUAUUCUUUUGUACACCUCUAAAUUAUAACUAAAUACAUAUUUUAUUGAAUGUCUUCGAGUGACGAACUUAAGAUGGAUUCUAAAAUACAUUUAUAACAGCAA